AUGGCUAUCAGCAUGGCGAUGCUUGGGCUGGAGUCAUUCCGGUGCCGGUUGGCUGGAGUCCUACGAUUCAUCCGUCAGCUAAGCCUGCUCCGACUCGUCCCGCGCUGGGUGCGCGCUCGCGUGCGACGCCAUCACGGCGGCUGGAAAUACGCUUGCGACUCCGCCAACCAUCGCAAGUGGCUGGCUCCGGCUCUCGAGGCGGCGGGGUUGCGGGAAGAGGAAGAGGGCUGGCGCGGCACUGCGGCGGUGCGCUGGACGCUGCGGAAGCGCGUACUGCCCGACCCGGUUGGCGCCGCAGCCUUCAACUGCCUGCCACAGCUGCAGCUGCUCGACGACAAGGCGUUGCUGGCGCUGCUCUGCCGCUCCUUCUCACGCACGGCGCCGCUAGUCACGCACGUGAUUUACGGCGAGUGGGACGCCGCGCGCCUCGCGGCACUGCGCGAGCGGUGGGGCGCCUCUGCGUGCGACGAGCCGCGCUGGUUUCCAGAUAGAUGGGAGCAAGGUCACGGCACUGGAGCAUUGGAAGGGUUCGAGUGGCGGCGGCGGUCACACGAGCAAGACAGAGACAGCAAAGGGCUGGCGGCGCCCCGACGCAGCGACCUCCCUUCUAACCUCCAGCCGUGCGUAGGCUUCUCCGCCGCGCUCUUCGACCGGCUCUCCCGGCCGCUCGAGCCGACGGACGUGCCGGGAGGCUACUGCUACGUGGUGCAGCAGUACGUCGACCGCCCGCUGCUGCUCGGCGGACGCAAGUUCGAGCUGCGGCAGUACGUCCUCCUCUGCGGCGACGGCGCCGGCUUCACCUACUCGACCGCCCUGCUGCGCCUCGCGUCGGUGCCGUACGAGCUUCGCUCCGAGGACCGCCGCGCGCACAUCACCAACAAGUACGUGCAGACUGGGUGGGAGAGCACGUCGGAGCUGGUCGGCUCGCUGGACGACAUCGAGUGGACCUCGGCCCGGUGGCCAGGCUACGAGCGGCUGCUCGAGGCGUCCCUCCUCCCCCUCCUGCGGGACCUGCUCGACGUCAACAUCAACCCUGCCUUCGGCGCUUUCUCGGAGGCGACGCAGGCCGCCCUCGUGCGCCCGCUCUUCGCCGACCUCGCCGCCCUCGUCCUCCUCGUCGCCGCACGCGGCUCAGACCGCAAAGGCGGCUCAGGCGCGGGCGGAGGCGGAGUCGGGCUCCCGCCAAAGGCGGUGGACGACCUCGCGGCGCACACGGCGUACAUGCUCUUCAAGAAGAGCCACCGAAAGCGAGAGUGGUGUCAUUGGAAGAACGACGAAAACGAAAUAAUCCGCGCCGGAUGCUGA